AGGAUGAUAGAAAUUUGGGAAUUUUAAAAUUGUGCGGUAUUUCUACAAAAAAAGUUUCAAUACUCAAUUUUGUUGCGACUUGAGUCACUCUUAAGAAACAUAAAGGAUGGUCCUGGCUGUUUUUGUUGUUCAAUGCAUGUUCUUCGGAUCAAUUUGACGAUGCACAAUUAAUUUUUUUGAACAUAAAGCUACGAACAGACCUAAAAUUCAGGCGAAACACAGAAGUCUGUGAAACCGCUGGUAUAGGUUAACUAGACUUCUACUAUGGUAUUCUACUUCACAAGCAAUGUCGUUUCACCCCCUGUUAUCCUAUUCAUGGGGCUGGAUAAAUACGAGAAUGAAGAUUUGAUUAAAUGGGGUUGGCCAGAAGAUGUUUGGUUCCACGUCGAUAAGGUUUCAUCUGCUCACGUGUAUUUGAGGCUCAACCCUGGUCAAACUCUGGACGAUGUCGCAGCAGCAGUGAUUGAGGAUGCAGCUCAACUGGUUAAGGCCAACAGCAUUAGUGGAAAUAAAAUGAAUGACGUUGACGUCGUCUAUACUAUGUGGGCGAAUCUGAAGAAGACCGAAAGUAUGGAGGUCGGCCAAGUUGGAUUCCACAAGGAAAAGGAGGUCCGCAAAGUCAGAGUCGUCAGGCGGAAUCCUGAAACAAUCAAUAGAUUGAACAAGACCAAGGAGGAAAAGCAAGUAGACUUCAGAGCUGAAAAAGAGAAAAGAGACCGUCUGGAAAGGGAAGACCGGAAGAAACAGUUAAGGGAACAGAAAGAGAAGGAAAGGGUUGAUCAAAAGCGCAAGCAGGAAGAGGCUGAAAUGAGAAGCUACAGUUCACUAAUGAAAAGUGAAAACAUGACUUCAAACUAUGAUGAUGGCAAUGACUCGGACGACUUCAUGUGAAUGAUGGUAAAGUGGGUCUCCUCUCUCAAGGCUCACUUUUUCUGUAUUUGGCACCUUUACUUUAAAGAAUACAAAAUAUUUGAAGUCCGCA